AACACGCAGAGCGAUGAUCUGGGUUUGAGGCGAGUUGGGUGUUACCCUGCGCUGGGUGCAGCUUGCAGGACCUGGUUCCGUUAACUGCGGCAUCCUCCAGCUGAGCUGGUUCUGUUAACCGGGGCAUCCUCCGGCUGAGCUGCAGGGGGACAGCGGAGGUUCCUGGAGGCGCUCCGGUCCCCGUCUGCAGGAGCUGGCAGCGAUGGCAUUUCUCAGCGAGGCAGCCGGCAGCAGUCUGCUCUGAAGCGGAGGAGACAGCAGCACUUCCAACCAGCACCAGGCAGCAAACAGCCGAGCCCUAACAUCAGCCAGAAAAACAUCUCUCAAGACUGAGUAUUUCUGAAUAAAGAUAAAAUGGCAUCGAUGUUGCUUAGUCGACAACUGACCUGUUGCCUGCAGCAAAACUCCAGGCUGCUUCUGUUUGGACACAGAUAUAUCAGUCAAGCUGCAGCUAAAAUUGAUGUGGAUUUUGAUUAUGAUGGACCUCUAAUGAAGACAGAAGUUCCGGGACCACGAUCUAGAGAAUUAAUGAAGCAGCUGAAUGGAAUUCAGAACGCAGAAGCUGUGCACUUUUUUUGCAAUUACGAAGAGAGCCGAGGGAACUACCUAGUAGAUGUAGAUGGCAAUCGCAUGCUGGAUCUCUAUUCUCAGAUUUCAUCCAUCCCAAUAGGUUACAGCCAUCCCUCUCUGAUAAAGCUUCUACAACAGCCACAGAACUUGAGCACUUUUGUCAACAGACCUGCCCUAGGGAUUUUACCUCCAGAGAACUUUGCAGACAGACUGAAGGAAUCUUUGUUAUCAGUGGCUCCUAAGGGCCUGCCACAGGUGAUGACCAUGGCUUGUGGAUCCUGCUCUAAUGAAAAUGCCUUUAAAGCAAUAUUUAUGUGGUACAGAAAGAAGGAAAGGGGCCAUAAUAAUGUCACUAAAGAGGAACUGGAAUCUUGCAUGAUUAACCAGCCCCCCGGCUGCCCCGACUACGCCAUGCUCUCCUUCAUGGGCAGCUUCCACGGACGGACCUUUGGUUGCUUAGCUACAACCCACUCUAAAGCAAUUCACAAACUGGACAUUCCCUCGCUGGACUGGCCUAUUGCUCCAUUUCCAAGGCUGAAGUAUCCUCUGGAAGACUUUGUGAAAGAGAAUCAACAGGAAGAAGCCCGUUGUUUAGAGGAGGUGGAAGAUCUGAUUGUGAAGUAUAGGAAAAAGAAGAAGAUUGUGGCUGGAAUCAUUGUAGAACCGAUACAGUCAGAGGGUGGGGACAAUCAUGCUUCAGAUGACUUCUUCAGAAAGCUACGAGACAUCGCCAGAAAGCACGGCUGUGCGUUCCUGGUGGAUGAGGUGCAGACGGGAGGUGGCUGCACUGGAAAAUUCUGGGCACACGAACACUGGGGCCUGGACGACCCAGCUGAUGUGUUAACCUUCAGUAAGAAGAUGAUGACAGGAGGAUUUUUCCACAAGGAGGAGUUCAGGCCAAAUGCACCCUAUCGGAUUUUUAAUACCUGGCUUGGAGAUCCAUCCAAGAACCUUAUGCUUGCUGAAGUCAUUAAGGUUAUUAAAAGAGAAGACCUUCUAAACAAUGCAACCCACGCCGGGAAAGCACUGCUGACUGGGCUGCUGGAUUUACAGGCUCGGUACCCCCACCUUAUCAGCAGAGUCAGAGGAAGAGGAACGUUCUGUUCGUUUGACACUCCGAAUGAUGCAACUAGAAACAAGUUAAUUACAAUAGCCAGAAACAAAGGUGUUGUGCUGGGAGGCUGUGGUGACAGAUCGAUUCGUUUUCGUCCAACGCUGAUCUUCAAGGACCAUCAUGCACACCUCUUCCUGAAUAUUUUCAGUGACAUCUUGGCAAACUUCAAGUAAAAAGCAGUUCCCUCGCACCGAACAGCUGAUUAUGAAAUUAGUUUGCAUUAAUUCAUGUCUUCUCUACUUACAGGAUAAGUGUAAUGUCAUCACCUAAGGUUUGUGUUCUGUCUGUAAUCCACGCAAACUGGCCCCAGGCAGAGCACUGGUACUGGUCACCAGCAGGCACGUGCAGCUGUCCCACACUGUGGCCCUCUGGCUUCUGGCUUGGGUCGUACUGGUUGCAGAGUCCUCUCUACAUUCAUGGCCCUGACCAUUCGGUUGUCAUGUGUGACCCGUGAAGUCUCUUUUCACAGGUGAUCCCAGUAGCAGAAGCAUCAACACAUACGGCGUAACGCUUCAAGCCGCAUGCCGGCCAUACCAAAGGUGCCAUUCUCUGGUGGUAGCUGGAAUAAAAUAGGUGUUCCAGGGAAAGCUCUGCUUUCCACCACUGCCAAGUACAGGAUUUUACAGAGUAAUUUCCAUCUUUAUUCCCCUGAAUACAGACAUCUGCCACCCCACCAGCCUGCACACGCGGCGACAGAGACACCGCGCUCAGCCGUGUGCAGCGCUCUGAGCGGAGCUGAAACGCUUCUGCUUUUUGCCGCAUCCUGGAUUUUAAAACUUUUGACUUCUCUUACAGUCAGACUUGUACAGAGAAAAGCUAUACCAUGAAGUAUGUAAUAUGACAAAGCUUAGAGAAUGGUGUGAAGCACGUUAUUUCCACCUCUGCCGGCAAUCUGGAAUGAUGCGAGAUUAUUUUACCGUUUGCCCAUAACACACAAUAGCCAUUAAUUUAUCUAUUACAAGUUCCACCUCAAUACUUGAGGUAUUUUGUAAAACUCCAGUAGAAUUGCUUGACCUUAGCCAUAACCUGACAUCAGAGCCACUACAGCGAAGGCCUAGUCCUGAUCGCACAUUUAUAAUGCAAGUUCUAUUUUUGUUCUGAUAGUGACUUCUAAAUCAUUGAUACUUCAGAGAUCUAAAAAGCCACAGGACCAAAAAGUGUCAGUUUGUUCAUUUGUUUCUCUUCGGAGAAUUGUUUUGGAUGUCUCUUUACUAUGUUUUCUCUGUGCUUAAUGCUGACUUGAAUAGGUCUGGUGCCUCUAUUUUUUUUCUUUUUGUUGGCUAGCAAGCAUCUGAAUUUUGCCAAAUUUAACUUCCUGUUGUGCACCAAAAACUAGGGACCACAAUGGGCUUUACAGUUGCCCUGUCGGGAUCUGAGCACAAUAUUAAAGUAUACAAUAAGAAACGGCAGUUAAAAGAUUUACAGGGUUAAUACAGCUACCAACAUGUGAAACAUUUCUUACCUGCUUUGAGAAGUGUUAAUCGUGGUUCUCCCUUUUUUGUUGAGUGCUGCUCAAGUACCCUCACUUCUGCUAGAUUAAAGAUUACGGGAUUUCUGUCAACCUCUCUGCAGGAACCAGAAUUCUGGUACCAGCUGGUCAGAACCCGAGCAGCGUUUUGAACAGAGGUUGUAGAAAUCUGGGGGAGGGACUGGGGAACUGGUGUUCAACAAAACCUCAUUGUCAUCGCUGUCCUUGUAAGCAUGUUAUCAGCCAGAGGAAACUCAAACCGAGAGCUGUAUUUGGCAGCGUUUUGGGAAUUAGUUUGUUCAACAUAUCAGUGCAGUAGUGGUAGUAAGUGUCUCUAGCAAGUCUCGUACGCUUUUACAGAAGCAAAGGUCCAGUAAUUUGAAGUCUUACCACAUCUUCACUUUUAUUAUGAAUACUCUAGGUGUUUUUAUAAUUUUUACUGACACUCAGUAACUGUAUAAUUGUGUACAACAUGUUGAUGAAGUCAUGUUAGAGAAUACAUAGCACUGCAGCUGAAACAUAUAAAGUUAAUAUUGUUUACAGCAUACUGUGGACAGUGCCAAAUAAAUGUCGAAACAAAUACUUAACUACACUUCAUGGUGUAACUAGUAACUGUACAACACAGAUGACAUCUCAUGUGUAAUCAAUAUUCUUAAAUAAAAUAUUUAUAAUUGAA